GCGGCGUCGUUAGCGUCGCCGACAACGGUCGGUUAUUAGUAAACGCGCUGUGCCUCAAGUCACGUGGUAUUCCACGUUACUCUGAACGUGAUAGCCCACUUGAUGAUCAUGUGCCGAUGCGAAGAAUCGAGUAAAGACGGACGUAGCGAAUUGCGACCGUUUCUUGUCUGCGCGAAAACACGGCCAACUUAUCCGAUUUUCUUUGCAAAAUCGGAGCAACGGAAACGCGAUGCUCUUGAUUUUCGCACAAUGUGUAAGGUGCGUUAACCUCGAGUAAUAAAAAAUCGAAUACGUACAGGUGUGUGAGCGGUGUCACGUAACCGUGAUGUAGAAAGAGACGGGCGACUGGGGUACGUUUGAUAAUUAAACGAGCACCUCACGUGUACCCUAGCGUGUGAGCGCUAAUCAUCAGUGAAUUGGUGACAAACAAGGCAGGAGGAUUUCAAGAAGUUUUGUCGGAACGUGUUGUCGUAUAUGCGUAUCCGGAAAAUCAACCACCCCACCUUAAUAAGAAGUGGUUGGCGAUCGAGAACGGCACUAGUUUCUUCCGACUUAUCGUUGUCAGAUCCGCAGUUUGAAAAUUUAUGUAUGCACACAGCUACAGUAAUAAGAUACAUAUUACGUACAUUGGCGGAUUUAUUUUCAGACGAGCUACGUUGUUGCUGGUUGUUCUCUCCUUUUACCAAAUAAUAAAACGAUUCGGUUUCGUGACCUAAAAGGUCCCAUACUUUAAUAGGUUUAAAUUAAACUGUAUUAGUGGUGUUUAAAAGACAAUUUAAUAAAAAUAGUGCAAUGAUGGAUAUGUCUCAUAAUUAUUGGGAGGAUAACGCGACCGCCCAACAUAUUAAAUUUGAAAGUGCAAAUUCUAAAGAAGAUCAUCAUCAUUUACAAUUAAAAGACGAGGGGCCGGCAAAUGUAUAUUCAUGUUACAACGGGAACCUUAAUUUUUCCACUGCGGUAUGCAGUGAAGAUGAUUCUGAAUAUGGUGGACCUUACAAAAAAAAUAAAGCGUCAAGGCAAGAUCCAUUGUCACACAGAAUAAUAGAAAAAAGACGUAGGGACCGUAUGAACAACUGCUUGGCUGAUCUUUCUCGUCUAAUUCCAGCCGAAUAUUUGAAAAAAGGUCGCGGUAGGAUAGAGAAGACCGAAAUCAUAGAAAUGGCCAUCAAACAUAUGAAAUACCUACAACAACUUCAUACGACCCCAUCUGAACACUACCGCUUAGGCUAUCAAGAGUGCAUGUCAGAAGCAAUGAGAUUUCUUGUGGAAGUCGAAGGCCAUUUUCCCCGCGAAGGGAUUUGCGUUCGUCUCCUAAGUCAUCUCCAAAAACACUGUGACACGUUAUCACGCGUCCCACCCUCUCCCAUAAAAGUCAGGACACCGCCAGACCUGGGAAUUCCACGUUCUGAUAUAUCUGGACGAGAAGAACCACCUCCUACGAGUGAUUCUAAUAAAACGUCUUCAGACGAAUCACCUCCUCAAACGAAAUGUAACGGUCAUCAUAAUGUGAACACGACCGAAAUGGACACAUCAAAUGUGCGAAACGGACACCUGUCAGAACCGGAAGUGUAUGACAAACAUUCUGAAAACAGCAACGGAGCUGUCUCUUACAAGUACAAAACAGAUAUUAAACAGAGAUUUAAUCAGGAGUUCAAUGGGGUGACGUUUAAGCGACAAAGGCGGGACAGUGACGACAUGAGGAGGAGUUCUCUGGCUUCUCUUGAAAGUCAAAGUUUAAGUCGCAGCUCCCCACCCUCAAGCGAAGUAAGUGCUCGAAUCUCAUCCGCUAACCUCAAAUCAGAAAAUAAUUCGAGCGCCUCCUAUCAACCCCGAAACGAACGGCACCUCAGCCCGUACCAUCCCCUGAGUGUAACGGAGAGUCCUAUACAUCACUACAACGGGAGAGGAAACGCGGAUUUGAAAAACAAUUUUAACGUUCCCGUGUUCGUAUUGAAUGCAAAAGGAUCGUUUUAUGUACCAAUUACUGUUGAUUAUUUGACAUUGUUACCGUUUCUACAAAAUUACAAUCUACUAGAUGGUUUCGCGAAUUUAAGUAAUAUAGUCCUGCAUCCUGUGACUAUAAAUGUAAACUUUCAACCGAACGGAAUGCUCAAGUACAAAUCUGAGUUCCUACACAAUGGUUGGCACUGAUUUGCUAAAAUAUUUCGUAGGUACGUGAAAAUACCAAUUUAGGUCUGUCCUGAAUGCACUGAACAUAUAAUUGGGCCCGUUGCCGUACAAGUUGGAUGUAAGGUUUGACAAUGGAAAUAUACUUCGACCAAUUCCUUUUUAAUAUUUAAAAACAAAUAUAUGAGUUAAAAAACAUCUUCACAGUUGUGUCUAGAUUUUACAAAAAUAUUUCUGUAGUCGUUUCGAGAGUGGUUUUUAAUUAAAAACACGAUUAAUAUUUGUUUAAAUUGA